UCUUCACUUGUCUUUCUGCUGUUCGUCGAGGAAAAAGAGCCCGAAACUGGACAGAAAGAGGACGGAAAGAGGACAGAAGAGGACAGAAAGAGGACAGAAAGAGGAGGACAUUCUCCCGGAGCUGAAGCUUCUCUCCUGAGGAAGUCAACAUGGCCGCUCAGACACUGUUCCCGGUGUUUCCUGCUGACGGGGGUCACAGCGAGCUGCCCCCCCCCCCAGCUGGUGUUUCCUGCUGACGGGGGUCACAGCGAGCUGCCCCCCCCCCAGCUGGUGAUGCUGGCCAACGUGGUGGCGGCGGGGGAGGGGGGGGCCGAGGAGGAGAAGGAGAUGAUGGAGCUGAAGACGGUGGGCUGCAGCUACUCCGACAGCGAGGAGGAGAGCAUCAUCAGCUACAGCUAUGAUAACCAGAACCACAGGGAGGUGUGUAUCGUUGAAUAUCCUGAGUCUCCCAGGAUCAGCUCCGCGGUGGCAGGAGACGACUCGGAGGAGAACGGGGACAAAGCUGAGGAGAAAGCUGAGGAGAAAGCUGAGGAUCUGUCCCGCCCCCCCGUCGUACCCAAAACCCCCCCACCAGAUCCCCGCCCUCUCCCAGAGCCCCGCCCCCCCCCGGAUGGCACCAAAAAGAAGAAGCCCUUCCACUGCAAGCCCUGCCGCUUCCAGGCCUCGAGCGAGCGGGAGUUCGUGGAGCACCUGGGCUCCCACGGGGCGAGCAAGAUGAGGGUGGUGGACCGGGUGGAGGGCCGCAGCAGGGGGGAGAGCGGGACCGGGGGGGAUGGAGAGACCACCGAGGGAGAGGGGGAGAGCGGGGGGGAGGGGGACAUCAAAGGGCUGAUCCGCUGUGAGCGCUGCGGAUACAACACCAACAGAUACGACCAUUACAUCGCUCACCUGAAGCACCACAGCAAGGAGGGCGAAGACCACAGGGUGUUCAAGUGCACGCUGUGUCCCUACACCACGGUCAGUCAGUACCACUGGAGGAAACACCUGAGGAAUCACUUCCCCAGCAAACUGCACACCUGCAGCCAGUGCUCAUACUUCUCUGACCGCAAGAGCAACUACAUCCAGCACAUCAGGACACACACAGGUGUGCGUCCCUUCCUGUGUCUGUACUGCGAUUACUCCAGUUCUCAGAAGACCCACCUGACCCGCCACAUGAGGACUCACUCCGGUGAGCGUCCUUUCAAGUGUGAGACUUGUAACUACCUGGCGGCGAACCAGCACGAAGUGACCCGCCACGCCCGGCAGGUCCACAACGGACCUAAGCCUCUGUCCUGCCCGUACUGCGAGUACAAGACCGCCGACCGCAGCAACUACAAGAAGCACGUGGAGCUGCAUCUCAACCCGCGGCAGUUCGUCUGCCCGCUCUGCAAGUACGCCGCCUCCAAGAAGUGCAACCUGCAGUACCACCUGAAGUCCAGGCACGCCGGCUGCGGAGUGGUGCUGGACGUCUCCAAGGUCAAGCUGCGCAACAAGAAACACGGUAACGAGGAACACGCUGAAUCCAGAACGGGCAAGAUGGACCAUUCAUCCGGUGUGGACGACGAGGACGACGUGGACGACGUGGACGAGGACGUGGAGUCGAGCCCCAUCAAUCUGUCAAUCAAGCCCAGCGUCAACCAACCGCUGCAGAGCGAGGUGCCGGACAAGGCUCCGAAGAAAUCCACCAACCCUCCUGAGAAAGAGAAGGUUCUGAAGGGGAAGGUGGAACCAGAGAAGAAGGUCACAAGGCAGAAGAAGAACCUUCUAGAGGCAGAGACUCCCAUCCCAGAGAAGGUCAGGAGACGUGUCAAGAAACUGCCGGUGGAGAAAACCACCACCAAGGACCAAGCUCCAGGAACUGAAGAGCCACAGAGACCAGAGGAGGAAGAGGAGCGGAUCCCUGAGAGGAAGAAGAACAAUGGGAAAGAGAACAAAGGCCUCAGUAAGCCGAGGAAGUCUGCGUCAAAGAAGUCUGAGGAACCAGAACCAGUUAAAGAACCUGAGCAGAGCCCAGUCUCUCCUGAGGAACCAGAACCUGAGCAGAGCGCAGUCUCUCCUGAGGAACCUCAUAAGGUCAGGAAGAGGAAGGCAGUGGAAGCUCUGGACCUCUCCAAGAAGUCCUCGUCUGAGACUCCAUCCAAGACCCGGAGAGGGAAGAGACCCGCUUCAGAAGAAACCAAGAAGACCAGCGAGACGACCCGGGCCCCAAGAGGGUCCAACGGGACGAGUCCUGGGAACACCAGGAAGACCAAGAAGACCAAGAAGUCCUCAGACCUUCAACAAACCGUGAAGGCAGAGAAGGACCAGAAGACUUCAUCCUCCAAGACAGGAACCAGACCCUCCAAGACAGAAACCACACCCUCCAAGACAGAAACCACACCCUCCAAGACAGAAACCACAUCCUCCGAGCCCUGCCUGACAGAAACCACAUCCUCCAAGACAGAAACCACAUCCUCCGAGCCCUGCCUGACAGGAACCACAUCCUCCAAGACAGAAACCACAUCCCCCGAGCCCUGCCUGACAGAAACCACAUCCUCCAAGACAGAAACCACAUCCUCCAAGACAGAAACCACAUCCCCCGAGCCCUGCCUGACAGGAACCACAUCCCCCGAGCCCUGCCUGACAGGAACCACAUCCUCCAAGACAGAAACCACAUCCCCCGAGCCCUGCCUGACAGAAACCACAUCCUCCAAGACAGAAACCACAUCCUCCAAGACAGAAACCACAUCCCCCGAGCCCUGCCUGACAGGAACCACAUCCUCCAAGACAGAAACCACAUCCUCCAAGACAGAAACCAAAUCCUCCGAGGCAGAAAUCAAAUCCUCCGAGCCCCGCUUGACAGGAACCAGACCCUCCAAGACAGGAACCAGAUCUUCUGAGACAGGAACCAGCCCUGCGAAGAAGAAGAGGAAGGUCUCAGCGGUUGAAACCCCUCCACCAGUUCCUGAACAGCCUCUGAAAGAAACCUCAGAGGAGAUGGAGGUUUCCCCCCCCUGCAGCUCCGGUGAAGACACGCCUUCUCUGGCUGAAAACCGCCCUGCGCCCACGUUCGUUAAACCCCCCCCGCCCUCUCUGGUGCUUCCAGGCCCGCGCAGCAAACCCUCGGACGCAGAGGAGGACGAGGGGGUCCACAGCAGCCAGGAGGGGGGCAGCGACAUCAGCGACAGCGCCUCCGAGGGCAGCGACGACUCCGGACUCAACGGAGCCCGGUCAGGAAAGAUGGCCAACGACCCGGAGACGCCCACCGACGAGAUCCCCACCCCCACGGAGCUCAAGAGCCACCUGUGCAUCUUCUGCGACCGCACCUUCCCCCUGGAGGUGGUCUACCGGCGCCACCUGAACCGGCACCUGGUCAACGUGUACUACAUGCAUGACGGCACCGCCAGGGCCCAGACCUGAGGACCUCCGUCUCCUUAAGACUGUCAUCUGGACCAUUAACAGUGAG